UUUCAAAAACGUUUGACCGUUAGCGCGUUUACAAUCAUUAUGAUGACAUUCACAGCAAUGGCGCCAAAACAAAAACAAAUCUCUUUAUGAAUAAGGCUUGUUUCACCUAUAAAUAGCACCCUUAGUACAUUAGAAAACGCAUAUUUUCAUGUUCUACUCACUGUGACUACUUACAUAUCAAAUGUUCACUAAAUACUGAUGGUGCCUGACUAAAUCUCAGUGUAUUAUUAAUCGAAAGCUCCAUAUUUGUUGUUGUUCGAUGUUUUGGAUCCUCCUUUACCUCACACACCUAAGUACAAUUGCGUAACUGUACGACAGACGCUGACAGAGAAAACGCCACUCAUAAACGCGUCAUUUAUCUACCACAAUAUAACUUGUUGGAAUCUUAAACUAAUAAACUUUUUUCUCUAAAUUACCUCAUUUCGCCGGCUCGUGCUGAGAUUCAAUGCAAAGUUUGCGUUAUUCCCCGCUCGUAAAACUUCAUAACGUGAAGUUUUUGUUUACGUUUUUAUCAACAUUUGAAGGCAGCUGCAGCAUAGUUUGCGGGCAGAGUUCGGCGACCACGCCUACAAUGACUGUCUAUCACUCCCGCUCUCCUCCCUGAAAACUCUCAAGAUCAAACUUCUUCAGAGACUUGACUCAGAGUCGCCUUGUGUUUGUGGAGUCACGCCGGGUUUGCGCGAUACUUUGGACUACUAAUGGAGAGUGAACCGAGAACCUGACGAUUCUGUCACUGUGGUUUUUGUCCAAAGAUGGCCAGGUAUAACGUUUCCUGCUACCAUGAUAAGCCCAUGGGCUUUUUCUACAACAACAGCAACAUAACGUCAGAUGAAUGGGACCGAACGCAGCUCAUCCUGGUUCAGUGCGCUGGAUCCAUCUGCUGUUGCUUCAUUCUAGCGGCCAAUGCCAUGAUCAUUGCGGCGGUGGUGACAAACCGGAGGUUUCACUACCCCUUCUACUAUCUCCUCGCCAACCUUGCCGCCUCAGACUUUCUCGCCGGGAUCGCUUACGUGUACCUCAUGUUCAAUACAGGGCAAAUAUCUCGCGAUCUCACGGUUCAAGGCUACUUCUUUCGGCAGGGUUUGUUGGACACGAGUCUCUCGGCAUCCCUGACCAACCUAUUUGUGAUCGCGCUUGAGCGCUACAUCUCUAUCAUGAACUGGAAGGUUCACAGUAACCUCACCAAACGUCGGGUGACCCUGUUGAUUGCUCUUGUGUGGGGUAUAUCAAUAUUCAUGGGGGCCGUUCCUAGUUUGGGCUGGAACUGUAUCUGCAGUUUGGACCUGUGCUCCACACUGGCACCCAUCUUCAGCCGGAGCUACCUGAUCUUCUGGUCGGUGUCCAACCUGGUGCUGUUCCUCAUCAUGGUGGCCGUAUACUUGAGGAUUUACAUCUAUGUGAUGAAGAAGACUGUUGUCCUAAAGGCGCACACUUCUGGAUCUAUAAAUCGAAAGAGGACGCCGGUCAAGCUCAUCAAAACUGUGAUGACCGUACUGGGAGCAUUUGUGAUCUGUUGGACCCCUGGACUUAUCGUCCUGCUCCUGGAUGGACUCAAUUGCGAAAAAUGUGACGUCCUGAAAUUCAAACGCUGGCUGCUGCUCCUCGCCGUCCUCAACUCCGUCAUGAACCCGAUCAUCUACUCCUACAGAGAUGAGGAAAUGUGGACCACUAUCAAGAACCUGAUGCGCUGCGUUCGCAGCGGGACGAGGCGGCAGAGGUCAUCCAGGGCCAACAUUCAACGCGGCUCUGGUCGGGAGACAACCAGUAGCCUGAAAGAGAAUAUAGCAGAGGAUAGCAAGGUCUCCACACAGGAGAUGCUUAAGUCUUGAAGGUGGGCCAGACUCGUUUUUGACUCUGUGAAGACCCUUUGUGACAUUGCACCUGGAUUCUCAUGCAGUCUGCUCUCAGAGAUGAAAAUCUAGAGCAGAACUCGAAAGGAAUUUAAUGACAGUGCAAAGCAAUGUUACCAUUUUCAGUGAUAGUCGCCCACAGAAACGCCUGCAUGCAGCAUGUCUGAGCAUGUGCGCGAGCCACCACGCCACAUCUCCCACAGCAAUGCACUUGUAAAGUUUCACUUUACCUCAUUGAUUCAGCCUCUGACCAUUUUUCAAGAUCCUCGACAGAUUUCUUUAGUAUACUGUACUGCCGUAAAAUCUGUGUGAAUCUUUUAAUUAUUUUUUUAAGUAUACUGUACUGUUUAAAAGAAGUCUUUGACUUUUUUUUUAUUCUUAAAAAAUUCUUAAAAUGGAUGUAGUAUGUAGAUCAUAUGUAGACUUGAUGUAUUAUGCAUUUCACAGUCUUCAUGUUUAAGAAUAAUGAGUUUACUGUAGUUUCUACUGUAUAUAGUGGAAUAUUAGAAUUUUGAUUAUGUAAUACAUGAUUACGUGCUCAAGUAUGCCCAUGUAAAUACAUAUCGGUACUGCUAAUUUGUUUUUGUGGUUUGAUGUGUAAAAUAUUCCCAUUAUUCAGUAAUACACAAUUUAAAGUAUACAAACAUCUGCUUAUUAUAUAUAUAAUUUAUAUAUACCAAUGCACUCACUGUGAUUGGGGAAAAAGAAAAAUACUUUAAAAAUUCUCUAAAUUUGAAAUAAAUUAUGUUAACUACAGUUAUACUGUAAAUGAAAUGAUCUGUAUAUAUAAUUUCUUUGUUUUCUUGAACUAAAAUACAAUGAUAUUUAAGAAAAAAAGUGAUUUAU